UAUAAAUACCUCACCUCUUUCUCCCCUCCUCUCUCGUCGUCGUCGCUCUUUCCCUCCCUUCCUUCUCUCUCUUCUAAGCUGACAUGAAACUGGAGCUCGAUCACGUUACCGACGAGAUGUGCCGCACAAUCGAAGUCGACGGAGGCGUCCACCCCUCUCCGGCCGCGGCCGCCGCGUCUGACGGAGAGUGCGCCGAUGAUCUCUUCAUUCCUCCGCUCAACUUCGCCAUGGUCGAUAACGGCAUUUUCCGGUCCGGCUUCCCUGACUCCAACAACUUCUCCUUCCUCCAAACCCUAGGCCUCCGCUCCAUUAUAUGUCUGUGUCCGGAGCCGUAUCCAGAGACGAACGUGGAGUUCCUCAAGUCGAACGGGAUCAAGCUCUUUCAAUUUGGGAUCGAAGGCUAUAAGGAGCCUUUUAUAAACAUCCCUGAGGAUACGAUCCGUGAAGCACUAAAAGUUGUCCUUGAUGUAAGGAAUCACCCCAUCUUAAUUCAUUGCAAACGAGGGAAGCAUCGAACUGGUUGUGUGGUGGGAUGCUUGAGAAAACUGCAGAGAUGGUGCCUGUCAUCCGUUUUUGAUGAGUACCAGCGUUUUGCAGCCGCCAAAGCCAGAGUUGCUGAUCAAAGGUUUAUGGAGAUGUUUGAUGUUUCUAGUUUGAAACAUUUACAGAUGCCAUUUUCAUGUUCGAAGAGGUAAAAUCAGCCAGUAUUAUUGAAUGGCUUUUGCUUCUUCUUUCUUUAGGUAAAGAAGAGAGUCCUAGGAUCCACUGUAGAAUAAACAGGAAAAAGUGAUCGGUUCCUAGUAUGCAUUUCAGAGGACGGAAUUAUUCUUCUUUUUUUCUUAUUGAAAUAAAUAAAGCAUCCUACAUAUUGUGCUUCGA